CGGCGGAAGGCGUCGGGCCGAGGAGCGGAAUCAGAACGCAAGGGAAGACGUCACGGGGAGGCGGAGCUUGUGACGCUUUUCGCGCGGGAAAUUGGGAUCUGGUGGUCCAGCGUCUCCAGGCGGGGCUGCAGGUAGGCUGCGCAAGGAGGGCGGGUCGCUCUCGGUCGAGGACCGAGUCCCCCGACCUUUGUUCCCGGUCCGAUCUCAGCACCAGCGCCGUCUUCGAAGAGGAUUACUUCAAAAUGCAGUUUUUAAGAAAAAGGAGACAGAAAUUGCAGACUGAUGAUAAAGAAGUUCAGUACCCAUUCAGCCUUCAGUUUUAUUUGCAACCGCCUACGGAAAAUAUCUCUUUAAUGGAAUUUGAAAGUUUUGCUGUUGACAGACUUAAACUACUCAAAGUAGUUGAGAACCUGGGUGUGACUUAUGUGAAAGGUAGUAAACAAUACAAUCAAAAGCUGGAAGCAGAACUUAAGGCCCUUCACUUUCCGUACCAUGCUUUGAUUCAAGAGGAUCAUGAGAGAAGAAGAAAAGAUCAUAUUUCUCAUUUCAUACUGCGACUUGCUUACUGCCAAACGGAGGAACUUAGGCGGUGGUUUAUCCAGCAAGAAAUGGAUCUUUUCCGCUACAGAUUCAUACAACUAAGUGACGAGUUGGCGAAAAAGUUCCUUGAAUAUGCUAAUUUAGCAUAUGACGUAGCUUUGGAAACAGAAAAAAAAGAUAUUGAUGUCGAUUUACGAUAUGUGACUCCUGAGGCUGAUGUCAACAGUUGCAUCUUCUAUAAGGUUCCUUUCUGUGAUGCUGCAGAUUUGGUUCGCGCAAGAAAAGUUUUCUUCCAUGGCGGUUAUGCUUAUGUACUACAUCAGGAUUUUCUUUCUAUUGUCCUGAACAAUUACAGAACCAAGCUGUCAAAAGCCCUAGCAGUAAGUUUUCUGCCUCCUAAUUUGUUUUGAGCCUUCUUUUUGUUCUCAGUUUAUAAAUGGCACCAUUGCAUCCAGCCUGUUAAAACUGAUCG